CCGAGUUGCCGUGUAUGCCAAGUGCCGAAAAAUGCAAAAUGCUAUCGUGCGAUCACCUCGCAUAUAUUCGGAAGGAUCCGACCUUCGAAUUUCGAUCGAGACGCGAGGUCGGAAAUGGAGAUGAGGGGAAACUUUCUGAACUUUGCGUGGGCGGUGCAUUCCUUCCGUUGAAAGAUAUCUCAGUUUUGCCAGAUUUAUUUGUUUUUUUCUGCCACCACGCUUUCGUCAGAUAUCAGAAAGUUGGGAAUUGGAAGGAAGGAAGGCGCCAGUUAUUUUUUGACAUCUCAGGUUGUCUCCCGUUGCGAUGUUUCGUCCUCUUCUUUGAUUGAUUUGCGGAAGCAUUUAUGUUACAUUCGAUUACUUGUUUUGUGAUUUUUGACGCGGAGACGGUGCUUUUCUAGCUCAUCCGACCAGUCUGUUUCUGAUUCAGAAAUGGGUAAGCCUACAGCAAAAAAGAAGAAAAAAUCGUCAAGCAUCAAGUCUAAUGAUGAAAAUCCCAAGAGAAGUAGGUCUGCCUUGCACAACCCAAAGGCGUUUGAUGAGGACACGACAAUCUUUAUGGACAUGGCUAAUGAUAUGAAGGAAGAAGGAAAUAAGCUAUUUCAAAAAAGGGACUAUGAUGGUGCUUUGGUGAAGUAUGAGAAAGCCAUCAAGCUUCUUCCUAAGAACCAUGUAGACGUUGCUUACCUCCACAGCAAUUUAGCUGCUUGUUAUAUGCAGAUGGGGCCGGAGGAGUACCACAAAGCCAUCCAUGAAUGUAACUUGGCGCUCGAGGUCUCCCCAAAAUAUACGAAGGCCCUGCUGAAGAGGGCUAGGUGCUUUGAAGCCUUGAACAGGUUGGAAUUGGCGUACAAAGAUGUUGAUACUGUCUUGAGUUUGGAGCCAAACAAUCUCACGGCCUUGGAGGUCUCCGACAAAGUUAAGAAAGCAAUUGAAGUAAAAGGGAUCCAGUUGAACGAAAAGGAAGUCAUUUCUCCCACUGAGAUUACACCGCCCAGGCAGAAGCACAAAAAGAAGAAAAGCAACAAAACCGUAGAUAAGGUGGUUGUGGUGGAGAAGGCCCUUUUGGAGAAGCCUAUUUCAGUAGAACCUGUAGCAGAGAAGCCUAUUGUUGUUAAAGAAGAACCUUUGAAGACAGUGAAAUUAAUAUUUGGAGAGGAUAUAAGGUUUGCUCAGAUGCCUGGCAGCUGUAGCAUAUCACAGUUGAGAGAGAUUGUCCGGAACAGGUUUCCAAGCUUAAAGGCAGUUCUCAUCAAAUAUAAGGACAAGGAAGGUGAUUUAGUCACAAUAACUACAUCCGAGGAACUAAGGUGGGCAGAAGAGUCUGCAGAUCCACAAGGUUCACUUAGGCUUUAUGUCAAUGAAGUUAAACCAGAGCAUGAGCCUUUAUUUGAUGAUGGCAAUAAAAAUGGUGAAAUGAUAGUUUCUGAGAAAAACUUUAAUGGAGUUCACAGUAACGGGAGUUUAGGAAAUGCUGAGGAACAAGGUAAUUUGCUUAUGGAAUUUGCUCAGUUGUUUAAGAACCAUGUUGGUAUCGAUUCCGAUGCAUAUUUGGACCUUCAUCAGCUCGGAAUGAAACUCUACGCUGAAGCAAUAGAGGAUACUGUUACGAGUGAAGAAGCCAUGGAAGUCUUUGAAGUUGCUUUAGCGAAAUUUCAGGAGAUGGCAGCUCUGGCAUUGUUUAACUUGGGCAAUGUUCAUAUGUCUCGAGCAAGGAAGCGAUUAUUCUUAACUGAAAAUGAUUCAAAAGAUGCGGCAUUGGAAAAGGUCAAAUCUGCAUAUGAAUGGGCUAAGGGAGAGUACAAGAAAGCUGAAUCAAGUUAUGAAGAAGCUAUGAAGAUAAAACCAGACUUUUAUGAAGGUUUCCUUGGUCUUGCACUUCAGCAAUUUGAGCAAGCAAAACUCACUUGGUACUUUGCAGUUGGAAACAUGAUAGAUUUGGACAGCUGGCCUUCGAAAGAGGUAUUACUGCUUUUUAACAAUGCCGAGGACAAUAUGGAGAGGGGCACAGAGGUAUGGGAAGAGAUGGAGGAGCAGCGACGGAAGGAUAGGUUAAAACCCAACAAAGAGAAGGUGAUAUUGGAGAAAUUGGGCCUUGAACGAUUUUUCAAGCAAUUAUCAACUGAUGACAUGGCAGAGAUCUCCUCAAACAUGAGGUCUCAACUGAAUAUACACGGGGGCAGAAUUCUGUAUGAACGGUCAAUUGUGGAAUUCAAACUAAAACUUCCAACAUGGGAGGAAUGUUUGAUGGCUGCUAUUGAAAAAUUCAAGCUUGCAGGGGCCUCUUCAACAGAUGUUGCUGUUAUGAUAAAAAACCAUUGUGCCAAUGAAACCACCCUAGAAGGUCUGGGGUUCAAGAUUGAUGAGAUAGUUCAAGCUUGGAAUGAAAUGUAUGAAGCUAAAAGAUGGAUGAGUGCUGUUACAUCUUCGCGUUUAGAACCAUUAUUUCGGCGGAGGACUCCUAAAUUGCAUCACUCAUUGGAGCAUGCCUGAUGGAUUAAGCGCUCCAACUUGUAAGCAGGCUUCAGAAAAUAGCACACUGGGGUAUUGGUUUUUCUUGGCUUCAGGGUAUGAAGUGCAUCAUGAUAUAGAUAAUUGUGUUCUUUUUGGCUUAAUGUUCACACUUACUUUUAAAUUAAAAUAAAGAACAAGAGCAAUGGUUUUGUUCUCCAUUGUGUGGUAGAUGUGGGAAAUUACAAAAAUGUCCUAUUCUAUAAACUGAUAUGGCUACAUAUAUCAAUCUCCGUAUUGACAGUAACCUCAUGUCUUUGAUACACCAUAUUAAUACUCAAUUAUAUGUUUAUGC